UAAGUGGCCGCCGGGCGCCCCGUCGGGGCUGUGCAGGCAUGGCAGCGAACCGCGUGGGGCGGCGGCUGGGCCGAGCAUCGCCGGCGCGCUCGGGCGGGCUGUCUCCGGCGCUGAGCCGGGCGGAGCGGACCCCCAGCCCGGGCAUCCAGCGGCGCCAGGCGCGGGUCACCGUCAAAUAUGACCGGCGGGAGCUGCAGCGCCGCCUGGACACGGAGAAGUGGAUCGACGGCCGCCUGGAAGAUCUCUACCGGGGCAGGGAAGCCGAGAUGCCUGAGGAGGUGAACAUUGACGAUCUUCUGGAGAUGGGCACGGAUGCGGAGAGGGCCGCCAGGCUGCAGGGCCUCUUGGAGUCGUGCGGCGAUGCAGAGGGCUUCAUCCAGGAGCUGCUUGAGAAGUUGCGUGGCCUCCGGACAGAGCACGUCCUCCGGCGGACAACCAGCCCAGACAGCCUGGAAACCUCCCGCGGGCGGGGCCCGGAGAGCGGGGAGUAGGCAAGGGGUGCAGGAGCUCUGGGAAGAGAAGCUGCUGCAGAACGUGGGGAGGGAGGGGGGGAGCCAGCUCAAGGUGCAAGGAGGCAGCCCCCGGCUGGCCCCUGCCCCAAACGCAUCCCUGCCCCCGGAGUCUGAUGUCCCGCAGCCCUCCCAAGCCUGCUACUCCUUUUGUAUAAAACUCUGUAUAGUAAGAUGUGGUCUUUGUGCUGCUUUUACCCUGUAAUAAAAUUGCUCAGUCUUUGCUC